GCCUAUUUCAGUCAUUGUUCAUGUGCUAGCCAGAAGGCUAGUUCACAAUAAAACACGUUUAAGUUAUACCGCCUUCAAGUCUAACCGGAUUUUUUUACUGAACUGUUCGGAGGAUUUGACGGCUGAACCAUGAGCAAGAGAAAAGCCCCACAAGAGUCACUAAACGAAGGAAUAACAGACUUUCUUGUGGAGCUGGCUAACUACGAAAAGAACGUCAACAGGGCAAUUCACAAGUACAACGCUUACAGGAAAGCAGCCUCAACAAUUGCCAAGUAUCCUAAUAAGAUCAGAAAUGGUGAAGAAGCCAAGAAGCUGGAUGGAGUGGGUGCUAAAAUAGCUGAAAAGAUUGACGAGUUCCUACAGACGGGAACACUACGGAAAUUGGAAAAAAUUCGAAAUGAUGACACCAGCUCUUCCAUCAAUUUUCUCACAAGAGUAACCGGAAUCGGCCCAGCAGCUGCCAGGAAGUUUUUUGAAGAAGGCGUAAAGAGUCUUGAAGAUUUGAAGAAGAUUGAGCACAAGCUUAACCAUCACCAGAAGAUUGGACUCCAAUAUUUUGAAGACUUUGAGAAAAGGAUUCCGCGAGCUGAAAUGGAAAAGAUGGAGACACUUAUUCUUGGAGAGUUGAGGAAGAUUGAUACAGUCUACAUAGGGACAAUAUGUGGAAGUUACAGGAGAGGCGCUGCCUCCAGUGGUGAUAUUGAUAUCUUGCUGACCCACCCUGACUUCACCUCUCAGACUGAGAAGAAGCAACCUAAGCUUCUCCAUGCUGUGGUAGAACAUUUGGAGUCUAUUGGUUUUGUGACUGACACGCUAUCCAAAGGGGACACCAAGUUCAUGGGUGUCUGCCAGCUGCAGCAAGGAGAUGAAGAUGAGGAAGAAUACCUUCACAGGCGCAUUGAUAUCAGGUUAAUCCCAAAGGACCAGUACUACUGUGGUAUUUUGUAUUUCACUGGGAGUGAUAUCUUCAAUAAAAACAUGAGAACCCAUGCUUUGGAGAAGGGCUUCACACUCAACGAGUACACCAUAAGACCACUUGGGGUCACUGGUGUGGCAGGGGAGCCUCUUUUGGUGGAUAGUGAAAAAGACAUCUUUGAUUACAUCCAAUACAAAUACAAGGAGCCGAAGGAUCGAAGUGAAUAAAGACAAAGAACGCUUUUAAGUCUUGAAACACAUUUGCAACUGUGUGACUGUGGUAUGGCCUGCAUGAGCGAAGUGCACUUGAGGGCAUUUUUUUGUUAUAGGUAUUGUACAGUAUUUUUGUUAUCUAUCAAGUUUUUUCAUCAAAAGUCUUGGUGUGCACUUCCAAGGAUGAUUUAUAAUUGUAUUUUAACAGGAUUGCCAAGACACUACUACAACCUGUAACUCGCCAGUCUUGAUGUAGUCUUGCCCUUGUCUGGCUUAGUAGUAAUAAGUCAUUUUAAACUGGAAAUCAUUGAGAAUAUUGAAUACAUUGGAGAUGAGUUACAAA